AUGGCGACCGGCUUGAUCCUUUUUAUAUACCUGCUGUCCAUCGGCCCUGCCUCCCCCCGCAUUGCCGAUACAAACGAAGAGUGCUCCUCAUCUGCCUUCGCUUGCAAAACGACCAACGACUGCAUCGGUUUGGCAGAUAGGUGUGAUGGUCACACACACUGUCCAGAUGGCUCGGAUGAAGAGUGCACAGCUCCAGAGUGUUUGUCGCCCGAUGUUUUCGGCUGUGACAUUGCCGGCAGUUGCCUCUCUCUCGCUGUGGUGUGUGACGGUUAUGAUGAUUGCGAAGAUGGUUCAGACGAAGAAAAUUGCACAGGUUGUCCCCUGCCCGACUCUUUUAAGUGUAGAAGUGGUGGAUGUGUCUCUCAGGACUGGCAAUGUGACAGUAUGGAAGAUUGUAACGACGGAUCAGACGAGGAAAAUUGCACAGGGUGUUCCCCGCCGUACGAUUUCAAGUGUGAGAGCGGUGAAUGUCUCCCCUACUACUGGCAAUGUGACGGCCAGGGAGAUUGUGACGACGGAUCAGAUGAGAGAUGCACAGAUGAGUGUCCCCUGCCCAACUAUUUUAAGUGUAGCAGUGGCGGAUGUGUCCCACAGGAGUGGCAAUGUGACGGUUUUGCUGAUUGCGGACAAGAUAGUUCAGAUGAGGACAACUGCAGAAUGUGUGCCUUAUCCAACCAUUUCCAGUGUGAAAGCGGUGAAUGUGUCCCCCAAUACUGGCAGUGUGACGGUGAGGAAGAUUGUAGCGACGGUUCCGAUGAGAAAAAUUGCACAGAUCCUUGCUCCUUGUCCAACUAUUUCAAGUGUGAAAGUGGCGGAUGUAUUCAUCGAGACUCGCGGUGUGACGGUGAUACCGAUUGUGUAGACAGUUCAGAUGAGGAAGAUUGCAUGAACUUGUGUCCCGACCCAGACGAUUUUAUGUGUGAGAGUGGCGAAUGUGUAUGGCGGUGUGACGGUGAUCAUGAAUGUUCUGAUGGUUCAGAUGAGGACAAUUGCACGGUGUGUUUCUUUCCCAGCCUUUUCAACUGUGAAAGUGGCGGGUGUGUCCCUCCAUACUUUCGAUGCAACGGUUUCGAGGAGUGUGACGAUGGUUCAGAUGAGGAAGAUUGCAUGAACAUAGAUUGUUAUGACCCCGACGAUUUUAAGUGCCAACGUAGUGGGUUAUGCAUCCCCGAAAGUGAUGUCCGGCCAGAUUGGCAUUGUGACGGUGUGAGUGAUUGCCGCGAUGGAUCUGAUGAGGAAAGCUGCACAGGCGAAAACUGUCCGCCGCCCAGGUUUUACUGUGGACGCGGUUCCUGCAUCGAUGACACCAGGCGCUGUGAUGGCGUCAGUGACUGUCAUGACGAGUCAGAUGAGCGUGUUUGUGUGUGUACCAGUGUGGAGUUCCAAUGUGCACGCGGCAGCAAAUGUGUGGCACCAUCUGCAGUGUGCGACGGCGUCAUUGACUGUGAUGAUGCAUCGGAUGAGCUGUUGUGCCAAACCUGUGCAGUGAAGGGCCUGUGGCAGUGUGACAGCGGGGAAUGCAUCCACACAGCCUGGGUGUGUGACGGGGACAAGGACUGCUCUACUGUGGAAGACGAGGAGAACUGUCACACUCCCUGCAGUGGUCUCCAGUUGGAGUGUGACGGGAGAUGUCUGCCGAAAUACCGCUUGUGUGACAGGCUGGAUGACUGUUCCAACGGACAAGACGAGAUGAACUGUACAGCUGGAGGUUGUAGUGCUGAGCAGUUUUCCUGUACAGACGGCACGUGCCUGUUAAAGUCUCAGCUGUGUGACAACCUGACGGACUGCAGUGGAGGGGAGGACGAGGAAGACUGUGAAGAUUCGACACCUCCUGGAAAUCCGCUUGGUUUGACCAGUCGGUACAUUCCCGAUUUUUUCGUCACCGCCAGCUCCGAGUACAAGCCAGAGUUCGCCCCAUUCCAGGCUCGGCACUCGCCUUUCACUACACCAGCAUACUGCUGGGUACCAAGUGCUGUGGUGGACCAAUGGAUUCAGUUCGGGCCGUCGGGCCUGGCCGAGAGCGACCGAACACGAACGCGGUUCGGACUGUUCCACUAUGGAGCGGCUCGGGGGGUGCCAGCGCCUGGGGGUUGCUCGAACUGGGACCUGGGCAGUUGGGUGACGUCAUUUACUCUGGCCUUCAGCAUGGACGGCGCUUCGUGGGAACCUUACGUGGGCAGCAGCGAUAACGUUCAGGUUUUCCGAGGAAACCGAGACCGGUACAACAGAGUUAGCCGUCCUCUCUCAGCUCCCGUGACGUCACGCUACAUCCGUCUGUACCCGACAGGCUAUGCGGGCUGGGUUGCCAUGGUGAUGGAGGUGUACGUCACAAACGACGAAAACACGUGGUUGCAGCAGGACCAGUACGUCCCGUUGGGAGUCGGAAUUGAUCCCGACGAUCCUGCUGCAGUUCCGAAGGUUCCCGACCUCGACAUGAGCGCGUCAUCACGAGCAGAAGACAUCUACCCGUGGCAGGCACGUCUGAACAGCGGAAAGGGGCAGCAGCGGGGGGCAUACUGGUCUCCGGCUCAGACCGACACAGACCAGUGGCUGCAGAUUAAGCACGACAGAGUGUACAGAGUUGCAGGUGUGAUCACCCAGGGGGCCUACAACCUGGACUACUGGGUGACGUCAUACAAGCUGGCGUUCUCUGUCAAUGGGCAGUGGACAACAUACAGCACCUGGGACGGUCAAGAAAUGGUGUUCGAAGGGAACAAUGACAGCCACCGCUAUGCCCGAAACCUGUUGGACAACCCAGCUUUUGCCCUCUACACUCGCUUCUACCCACUUACCUUCCACAAUAGAACAGCACUUAGGGUCGAGCUUCUCGUCAUAGAUGAAAUCGAUAGCCAGUUCAGUACGUGUGGAGAUGGCGACGUUUACCACAACAGCCUGGCUUGUGAUGGGACAAAAGACUGCUCAACAGGGGAGGACGAGGAAAACUGUGACGAAUGUGCCAUGGAAUGCCUGGCUGAUUUAGGCGACGCCUGCAUCCCGAGUGAAUGGAUCUGUGAUGAACUUGUUGACUGUGUGGACGGCGCAGACGAGAAGGGCUGUGUGGAAGGAGUACCUAAACACUGCUUUUUCACCUGCGGUAAUAACGUCACCUGUCUGCCGACAAGUCAGCUGGGGGACGGGCGUCAGGACUGUGCUAACCGCGAGGACGAAAGUCCCAAUGACAUUGAAGAGUCACUGGGACAUAAGUGGGGCUCCUGCAGCCACAACUGCACGUCUGUCUACGGUAACGCGUCAUGCGUUCCUGACGCGUUCGUCUGUGACGGUGACGCGGACUGUUUGGAGAAGGAGGACGAGCAGGGGUGUGAUCGUGAGGAUUUCAUCCGUAAGGCAGAAGACUGUCGGACGUUCUACUGCAGCCUGCCCGGCUCUGCCGACCUUUACUGUGUGCAUGGCCAUCUGAUCUGUGACGGACACCCGGACUGUGCGGCAGGGGAGGACGAGCAGGGGUGCGGCGGUAACGUACCGGGCGGUAUGCCCUCUCAAGCCGGUAAAACGGGGAGCACCGAACCGACCACAGAACCGACAAGUAGUCAAGGAGCGUUCCAAGAUCACACAGAGCUCCAUGCAGGAAGCUGUGGACCCAGGGACCAGGCUAUUGUUUGGAUGACAGCCGCUUUACUAGGCGGUCAUCUUCUGUAUCGCAUGGCUGUCUAA